AUGGAAAAUGCUUUAGAAAUUCACUUUAAAAUUUAUUCGACAUCGACUCAAAAGCGACAUAUUCGAAGAACACCAAUCAGUCAUAAAAUGGAAAUUAAUCUCCAAAGAUUUUCGUUAACUAUGUCGCAUUAUUCAAAUUUUUUUCUCUCCAAAAAAGCUCAACUUAAAGGCGACAAGAACGAUACUUUAACUUUAUUUAUUGCCUUCGAAUUUGUUUUCACUUGA